AAAAGAAUUCCGUGAAACUACAAUCAUAUUUUGAUUUUGGAUCUAUGAAUACCCAAAGGUCUGUUUGAAACGCUGGAGGACAGUUCCUUUGAUUUUGAGAGAAAAGAGUAGAUCUUGGCUUCUCUCCUUCGUUCGAUUCCGCUUAAUUAUAGCCCGCGUUUCUCUCAGACGUGAAAAAUGGGGCUGUCUUUCACAAAGCUAUUUAGCCGGCUUUUCGCCAAGAAGGAGAUGCGUAUACUCAUGGUUGGGCUUGAUGCUGCGGGUAAAACUACCAUUCUUUACAAGCUUAAGUUGGGAGAGAUUGUCACUACCAUUCCCACCAUCGGUUUCAAUGUUGAGACCGUUGAAUACAAGAACAUCAGCUUUACUGUUUGGGAUGUUGGUGGCCAGGACAAGAUCCGACCAUUGUGGAGACACUACUUCCAAAACACCCAAGGACUUAUUUUUGUGGUUGAUAGCAACGAUCGUGAUCGUGUGGUUGAAGCUAGAGAUGAGUUGCACAGGAUGUUGAAUGAGGAUGAGCUGAGGGAUGCUGUGCUGCUAGUAUUCGCAAACAAGCAAGAUCUUCCAAAUGCUAUGAAUGCUGCUGAGAUUACUGACAAGCUUGGCCUUCAUUCACUCCGCCAGCGCCAUUGGUAUAUCCAGAGCACAUGUGCUACUUCCGGUGAAGGACUGUACGAGGGGCUGGACUGGCUCUCAAACAACAUUGCAAACAAGGCAUAGGUGUGACAUGACUGAGUUGGCAGUCUUACAACCCUUUUGGAUUUUAUGAAUGUCCGCCCCCGUUUUAUGUGUUAUUUUUUAUGGUUUUUCACGUUUGUUGCAAACACUGCCAUUUGUUACUUAUAGUUUAAGAAUAAUUGACAAAGUUUGGGACCGUUAUUUCCUAGCGGGAAUUGAUGGUUAGCCAGUUUAAUUACCCUUUUAAUGUAAAAUAUACAUAAUAUAUACAUAUAUAUUUUUUCCUUCAA